AUGACUGGGCCAGUAACGAGAUGCGGGCAUAAACCUCGAGUUGGUGAAAGGAACAAACCAACGUUGGCAACUGGAAGCAUAGCCCACGACACACUGAAGGCCCUCGUGCUGAAUCCAGUUUUUCAACGAGAUUUGACAAUGACAAGCCACUUAGGGGGUACCCGUCAAUGUGAAGCGAAGAAUUCACUUGACCGUCUCUACUGCCCCAAAGACCUCUUUCUGUUAGCAGUUAACCUAAACCCGCAAUGGAACUGUAAAGCUAAUUUCAGGCCGGAAUCAACGUAUGACUUUUAUGUAAAGUUGUCAACUUUACAUAAAAAUGCACUGACACUGGCUGAGAUGCGAGGAGAGAGAACAGUAAAGCGGGAGUUCGAUGUGACCAGAAAGUUUAACGAUCGCGCAAGCCAUAUGGUUGAAAAAACACCUAUUGAACAUGUCUGGCGCCGCGAAAUCUACGUGCAUUAUAUCACUAACAACUACCCGCAGCCAGCGAUCGAAGAAGCAAUGGAUGAAACAUGA